GGCGUGUCUCUGUGCGCGCGCUGCUGAUGUGAGGACGCAGGUGACGCGGCGCUCAGCAGCUCCCUUCGGAAGACGCGCAGGAUCCAGACGCGUUGCGCUCUCACGGAUACUGGACAAUACUCCGUACUGAGGUUCCAGUGAAAAGCGAAGGGAUUUGGGAAGAAGAAGAGACGGAGACGCAGGGAGAGCAUUGCGAAGGCCCAGAGAAUGCCGGAAUCUGGAGGCCAGUAGACUGUUCCUGCCAUGAUUCCUCAUGUAGGACGAGACAAUUUGGAAGAACAUGGGCAAAUGAAUCGCAGAUAAAGAUUCAACCAUGACCAUCACCUGUGGUCCACAGGACGCAAGAUAGCUGCAUCACGCCUCUCCGUCUCCAUUAGAAACAUCAGCCUGAGGGAAACCUCAGUCCCAGGAAUCACAUUGCUUUGAAAUCUCAAUUGGAAGCCUUUCAAAGAAAACUUAAAUUGGCAACCAAGCUGGGGAUAAAAACAGCAAUUCCCAUCUAUCCUUAAUCACCCCCUGCCUGCACCGACCAAUGGAGAGACUACAGAUAGAGUCUGGAUAAAGUGGAGACAGGCCAAGAAAGAGCGAGAAAACGAGUGAACAACGGACCGUCUGGCAGAAGGUACCUGUGCUGAUCCGGCAGCUCUGGGAAUUCAGCCCCUCUUCUCUGCGUUCGUUCCCAUCUCUCAGGCAAAGUCAAAGAGAAACUCUGCACUCUGAGACUGCUCUCUCAGCCUCUGCCGAGAGCAGGUUUUUGAGCUUGUAUCAUCAGGGUGGGUGAAAUGAAGUCACGGUGUUGGUCCCCUCUCUGGCCUCUGUGGCCGAUGCUGUUAGGCAGACUCUUUCUGUCAGCCGGGGCCCUGGAGUUCGGCGGGGCCCCGGGGCAGUGGGCGCGUUACACCCGCUGGGAGGCCGGCUCGAUCGGGGAGCUCAGCUUUAGUCUGAAGACCAACGUGAGCAAGGCGCUGGUUCUGUACCUGGACGACGGCGGGAACUGUGACUUUCUGGAGCUGCUCAUCGGUGGCGGACACCUGCAGCUGCGCUUCGCCAUCCACUGCGCCGAGCCAGCCGCCCUCCAGAUGGAGACCCGUGUCAGCGACGACCGCUGGCACAUGGUGCUGCUCACCCGUAACUACCGUGAGACCAUGCUGAUGGUGGACGGGGAAACCAAAGUGGCAGAGGUGCGUUCCAAGCGCAAGGAGAUGGCGGUCGUCAGCGACCUGUUCGUGGGGGGCAUCCCUCCGGACGUGCGUCUGUCCGCGCUCACCUCCAGCACGGUCAAAUACGAGCCUCCGUUCAUGGGCUUGAUCUCUAAUCUGAAGGUUGGCGAGAUGCCUCCCACUCUACUCAACAGCAACGGCAUUCAUAAUGAUCUGGAGUAUCUGUGCGUCAAGCAGAACCCCUGCCUGAACGGGGGAUACUGCAGCAUCCAGUUCGGCGAGGUCUAUUGCGACUGCUCUCAUACACGCUUCCGAGGGAAAUACUGCAAAGAAGAAGAGUACGCGUUGGAAGGUCUGGCGCACCUGACGUUAAACAGCCAAGGAGACUCGUCUCUAGUCGGGAAAGAGGAAUCGGUGGCCACCUUCAAGGGAACCGAGUUCUUCUGCUACGAUCUGUCCAUGACUCCCAUCCAGAGCAGCACGGAUGAGAUCACGCUGUCCUUCCGAACGCUCCAGCGCAACGGUCUGAUGCUUCACACCGGGAAAUCUGCAGACUACGUCAACCUGUCGCUGAAGAGCGGCGCCGUCUGGCUCGUCAUCAACCUGGGCUCCGGCGCCUUCGAGGCGCUCGUGGAACCGGUGAACGGGAAGUUUAACGACAACGCUUGGCACGAUGUUAAAGUCACGCGAAACCUGCGACAGCACUCAGGCAUUGGACACGCUAUGGUCACCAUCUCGGUGGACGGUAUUCUGACCACCACCGGAUACACGCAGGAGGACUACACCAUGCUGGGCUCCGAUGACUUCUUCUACAUCGGAGGAAGCCCGAACACGGCCGACCUGCCCGGAUCUCCCGUCAGCAACAACUUCAUGGGCUGCCUGAAAGACGUGGUGUACAAGAACAACGACUUCAAGCUGGAGCUGUCGCGUCUGGCCAUCGAGAGGGACCCUAAGAUCAGUGUGCACGGGGAC